AACUUCUACGGCGCAAGCGCGCUCGAUUCGUUCGGGGAGUGUUUUUGGGGGUGAGCCGCUCUCCGGAUAUUCGCUGACUCCGACAUCGGUUCCGAGGAAAGGUUUCGGCACCGCUGCCAUGAAGCGCACCGUGCCACGAAGCACUCUGAAGAACCUGGUGAAGAAGCACAAGCCCCAGCUGCGUUUGCGCGGCAAUACCGACUUACUGGUACAUUUGAACUUCUUGUUGUUCCUGUUUCGGUUAGCAGAAGAAGCCAGGACCAAGGCUAUUGAAGAAAAGAGUAAAAUAAUUAAAUAUGAACAUGUUGUCUCUUCCGCAAAGGUAAUCAUACUUAAAUUCUUUCUUGAAUCUUACUUUGCAUACUAUAAUGUUAAAACUGUAUACAAUUGUAUUAAAUUCUAA